AUGCACGUGGCUGAUGUGCUUAGGGAAACUUCCUCACCUGGCACCGCUACUACAUCUGGGCCUACGAACAAGCUCUACGCAACGAGUGCGGAUACAAGGGCUAUCUCCCGUACAUGGUGCCUACCGAACGAGGUGCGCUGCAUGGUCACCUUCCACUCGGCGAACGGUGGAGGCUGCAUCAAGUCUGGCCCGUUCAAAGAUUGGAAAAUCAAUCUAGGUCCCAUACAAACGACCGCGAAGGGUGUACCACCGAACCCACAAGCCGAUGGUCUGGGCUACAACCCUCGUUGUCUUAGUCGUGAUAUCAAUACCCAGGCCUCCAACGAGACACGAGACGAGAUGGUUGUCGACCUUAUUACGAACUACCCUGACAUCCUUAGCUUCCAGAACAAGAUGCAGAACUUCACCCUAGGAGUCAUGGGCGUCCACAAUGGAGGUCAUUACACUAUUGGCGGUGACUCUGGAAUGGAUAUGUUCAACUCACCAGCAGAUCCAUCUUUCUACUUCCAUCACGCCAUGAUCGAUCGAGUAUGGUGGACGUGGCAAGCCCUGGAUUUAAAAAAACAGGCCGAAUACUAUUGCCGGAACCAUGACUUUUCUGAACAACCCGCCAAGCCGUAA